AUGGGUUCCAGAGGGGAUGGUUUGAAGUUGAUUGAGCGAGCUUGCAGAAAAGAUGUCAGAAAAUACUUCUUCACCAACAGAAUAGUAAGUGGCUGGAAUGGCCUACCUGAGGAUCUGGUCAGACCUAACAAUAUUGAACUGGAAAGAUCUGAUGCCAUUCAAGACAACAACAACAUCGUCAUUAACAACAACAUCAACAACAACAACAUUAGCAGCAGCAUUAACGCGAACAAGCAACAAACUUGUUAUGAAGUAUGGAGAUCUUGUGAAGCGGACGAAGGCUGCCGGCAACUUGUUAGGAACUUCGGAGAGCACUGCAAGCAGCAGGGACCCACCGGCCAGUGCUCCUGGCACAAGUGUUAUUCAACAACAGAACAAUUGUCACAACAACACAAACAACUCUUGGAAUGCUCACGUGACCAGUUGAUAUUUGACGUCACCAGGAGUGGGCAAGAACAGCCGUUACAAAUUGUCAACAAUUUUUGCAUUGACAACCUCUACCCUUCAUUGGACGCUAUGUUUGCCUCACGAACGGCCCUGACCUUUAACGAACUCAUCAUGGCUGUUGAUAGAGAGCCACUGGACGUAAAUACAAAUAGCUAUCAUGAUUGCAGUUUGGCGUUCCACCGAUGUGUCCAGUCAGCAGAGUGUAAACGUUCAUUACACGAUCUAUACAACUCAUGCCACCAACAGUAUAAACAACAUCAACAAAACCAGCAACUAAAAUCUCACCAAGUAAGAAAACAUCAACAAAAACAACAACAACAACUAUCUAUGCAACAAUCAUAUGAGAAAAAUUUAACGGAGAGAUGUGGAGGGAGGAGUAGAGAGGAUGGCUGUAGAGCCUCAGUUCGAAAAUUUGUUCUAGAAACUGAUCGAUACUUGGUUGGUUGA